AUGCACGAGGCAGGUCGCAUUACUGUUCUCAAUCGUUCGCUCCCUCCCAGUAAGGAGAUCGAGUCUCCCCAUGUUUCCACAUCACCUGCCGAAGCCCCCUUCCUCAGCUGGGACUGCGGAACACAGGAUUCCGCCAGGCCCGGGAUGAGGGACCUGGAGCAGCGUCCAGCAGGGUUCUGUUUGCAGCUGACCCGCAGCGGCCACGCUUAUCACGUGAGCAGGAGAGAGGUGCUCUUUAUGAGUCUGACUGUCAGUUCUAGGUCGAGAUGUGAUUUCUGCCGUGCAUUAAAGCUAAUUUGGAUUGUGAAAAAGUACAAGGCCAGGAAGUCAAUUCCAAGCCCAGAUAUCCUGAGAGGAGAGGGCAGGAUAAGCAGCGAGAAAUUAGUCAGCCCGGCCUUGAGCCAUUUCACUGGCUUGGGCGGGAGGGCUGGUGGGAUUCCCCGGGAAACUGACCCCGGGAGCUGCAGUCCCAGCCCUUUGGCGGUGUGUGGCUUGGCCUCACUGCGUGAGAAAUGGAAAUAA